AUGCAUCAGCCAUUGGGUUUCCGUGAAUCUCAGCACCCGAACUAUGUCUGUCGUCUAAAGAAGUCUCUUUAUGGUAUGAAACAGGCGCCUUGUGCUUGGUAUCAACGGUUUGCUGACUAUGUUUCCUCUAUUGGCUUUCACCACAGCAGUUCAGAUCAUUCCCUUUUUAUCUUCCGGCGAGGUACUGACAUUGCCUAUAUUCUGCUAUAUGUUGAUGACAUCAUCCUCGUUGCUUCAUCUCAUGAUCUCCGCAAAUCCUUUAUGGCACUUCUUGCGUCCGAAUUUGCUAUGAAGGAUCUGGGUCCUCUGAGUUAUUUCCUAGGCAUCGCUGUUACUCGGCAUGUCGGUGGCCUUUUCCUCAGUCAAUGCACUUAUGCUAGUGAGAUCAUUGCCCGCGCCGGCAUGGCGUCGUGCAACCCUUCUGCUACUCCAGUUGACACCAAGCAGAAGCUCAAUUCUUCUUCUGGGACUCCUUGUGAGGAUGCCACUCUGUAUCGGAGUCUUGCUGGUGCCUUACAGUACCUCACCUUCACUCGUCCUGACAUUUCCUACGCUGUUCAGCAAGUGUGCUUACACAUGCAUGCUCCCCGCACUGAGCAUAUGUUUUCCCUCAAGCGUGUCUUACGCUAUAUUCGUGGCACUCUGACUUAUGGCCUUCACUUGUAUCCCUCCCCUAUUGAGAAACUUGUUUCUUAUACGGAUGCUGACUGGGGGGGAUGUCCUGACACCAGACGCUCUACUUCUGGCUACUGUGUUUUCCUCGGUGACAAUCUUAUUUCUUGGUCAUCUAAGCGGCAACCCACCCUAUCUCGCUCUAGUGCUGAGGCUGAAUACCGUGUUGUUGCUAAUGUUGUCUCCGAGUCCUGUUGGAUCCGCAAUUUACUUAUGGAGCUUCACUUUCCUCUCUCUCAAGCAACAUUGGUCCACUGUGACAAUGUUAGUGCCAUCUACCUCUCUAGAAAUCCAGUGCACCAUCAGCGUACCAAACAUAUAGAGAUGGAUAUCCACUUUGUUCAGGAAAAGGUCGCGCGUGGCCAGGCUCGCAUCCUUCAUGUUCCUUCCCGUCAUCAAAUUGCGGACAUUUUUACCAAGGGCCUUCCUCGGGUUCUUUUUGAUGAUUUUCGUUCCAGUCUCAACGUCAGCGAACCUCCCGCUUCGACUGCGGGGGUGUGA